UGGGCGGUCUUAGGGAGUGAGGUCGAUUUUGAAUGUCGCGGGGUGAUUCUUCAGAAAGCGCCGACGUGGAAGUUGAGCCGUAAAAGUUGAUGGUGAAUGGAAAGGAUAAUCCAGGUUAGAAGGAUGUUAGAUCGAAGCGGAAUAAUGCUGAUGAAGUGAAGACUGUGUUCGGAAAAUAUCUCACAGUUUAUGUCCUCCACUGAAGUGAAGUUUGUUACUGUGAGGUCUUUUUCUUGUUUCCAUCUGUUGCUGGAUGGGCAAACUAUUAUCAGACACUGAUGAAGGAUUGAAGGGAAAAAUUAAAAAAUUUCGUCCGCCUCCAAUGAUUGUGAAAGACUGUUCUCAAAACAUAUGAACCCACCCUCGUAUAUCCCGAUAACAUACGCGAAGAUGAUAUUCGUGAUAAUGCAUUUGUGCUUAUGAUACAGUAUAUUUGAAGUUACCAGUAAAAUGAAAUUGAAGAAUUUUACAAAUUGAUGCUUCUCUUAGCUCGCGUCAAGCACUUCAUCCUCUACGAUGGAGCCGCCCGCGAGCAGCGUGUAUAUAAUUCAGGGGGAAAUGACAAUAAUAAUGACAGCAAUGCGGCGGACGCCAAUGUGGUCAUCACAGACUCAACAGGAUGCUGCCCAGGAAGGACUUCUGAAUUCUUUCUACGAUCUCGGCGAAUCCCUCGUUUUCGUAGAAAAUUUACAAGAAUUGGAUCCCAACAUGUUUCUUGGCCCAUUCCUUGACGUGAUUCGUUCCGAAGAUACUACUAACGAAGCAUCGUCUUCUGCUGCCGUUCAACAUAUUGCUGACGCUGUUACGCACGCCAGAUUCGUUGGCACUGAUCCUGCAAAUGAUGAAGUCGUACUUAUGAAAAUUCUGCAAGUGUUGAGAACGCUGCUACUCGCAGAUGUUGGAUGCCUUUUAACAAACGAAAGCGUUUGUGAAAUCAUGCAAUCGUGCUUUCGUAUAUGCUUUGAAACGAGGCUUUCAGAGCUUCUGCGGAAAUCAGCAGAGCACACUCUAGUUGACCUUGUGCAGCUCUUGUUCGCGCGACUUCCUAGUAUGUCUGAAGAUAAUCGUGUUGGGGGCAAGGCCCUGAAGAUGAAGACUGGCUCAAUCGACACUGGUAGACGAAAAAAGAGAAAAGGCUUUUUGGCGAACGAAGAUAAAACUGUGUCGAAGCCUGCAGGGAAACCCGACCUCACUCUGACUACGCCGAAUGGCGGUGAGGCAGUUUUCAAGUCUGAUGAUGUCAAUCCUACCACUCCUACCGUGCUAAAUGCACCCAAUGCAGUUCAGCAUCUGUCAACAACUCCUCAGCCAGUAUCUGGAGACGUAAUACGAAUGUCUGAAUCUCCACGAGUGGAAACCAUCGCAGAAUUCCCAGAAAGUGCGGCUUUGUCAGUUCUGGCCGAAACCCCGACGACGGAAUCGCCUGGCUCUAUGGAAACGUUUAUAAAUCAGCAAGGCGUGAAAUUUACUUCCGACGGAGAAACCAAUGCCGACGAAACACUUCUGGUACCCUAUGGUUUACCGAGUGUUCGUGAGCUUCUGAGCUUUCUUUCGGCUCUCAUCAACCCGGUGGACAAAACACAAACUGAUGUAAUGAUUCACACUGGACUGAAUAUGAUCGCUGUUGCUUUGGAAAUUGGGUCCGAGUCGAUCGAGACAUUUCCGUCUUUGUUGUCCAUUGUCAAGAAUGAUUUGUCUCGUCAUAUCGUAGCGCUCCUCAGCAAGGAUCGAGUGUCUAUGUUUGCCGCAGUGAUCCGAGUUUUUCCUCCUUUUCGAAGCACUGAGAACCCAUUUGAAGCUUCAGUUGGAGAUGUUUUUAGUCAAAUUGAUGGACGUUAUGUUAUUGUGCGGAUGUGGCGCAUUCCUGGUCUCGUUACCGAACUCUACUUGAACUUUGACUGCGAUGUAUUCUGCACGAAUUCGUUCGAGGAUCUGACAAAAAUGUUGUCAAAGAACGCUUUCCCGAUGAGUGGAAUGUACACGACUCACGUGUUGUCGCUGGAUGCCCUUUUGACGGUGAUUGAGGCAAUUGAGCAUCAUUGUCAGUUUCGUGUGGCCCAUCCCCCGGGAAGCCAGGAGACUAGCACCAGCAAAAAGGAAGACACGGUUGAGACGCAUUCGUUUAUUCAUUCACCACCAGUCCUGUCCAAGUCUCCUCCUCAGAUUUAUGCGAAACGUCGUCGAAUGCCAUCAGUGACGGAGUUGCCGUCGCACGAAGCGCUGAUGGCGGUCAAGCAUAAGAAAAAGGUUCGCGUUUUGAGUGCUUUCAUGGUUUCUUAG